AUGGUUUUUCUAGGUCGCUGUUUUGAUGCAGCAACAAGGAACCCUUUUGCUGCAUUUGGGCUAGGUGCCGUUCGUACUGCAACGAAACGUGCUGGUGGUACAGUAGCUAAUCACGGUGGCUCUGCUGGUAGACGUCUUGGUGUCAAAAAAUUCUCUGAUGAGUAUGUGAUUCCUGGAAAUAUCAUUGUUCGACAGCGCGGUAGUGUCUUUCAUCCUUCUCAAAAUGUCGCAAUGGGCAAGGAUCACACAAUUUACGCUCUCGUUCCUGGAUACGUCCGAUUCUACAAGCAAAAGUAUAUGCGUGGAGAAAGGAAGUUUGUUGGUGUCGUCUUGAAUCGUGGCGAAAAGCUCCCCCGGGAUGAAUCAGAGCUCGGUCGAAGUCGUUACUUUGGCCUUGUAAAUGUCAACACACCACAAACCGUAUCACCAACAUCAUGA